AUGGGAGUUUUUACAUUUUUUGACCGUGCAUUACUGGCCUUAGGGAACGUGCUAUUUCUAAUUGGGGUUUUAUUGAUCAUCGGUCCACAAAAGACUUAUAAUUUCUUCACCAGACCAACAAAGAGGCGUGGUUCCAUAUGUUUCGUUUUUGGUGUCACUUUAAUUCUAAUGAAAUGGACGUUCCUCGGAUUUAUUAUUGAGUCGUUAGGGAUUGUAGGUUUGUUUGGAGAUUUCUUUGGAAUUAUUGUUCAAUUCUUAAGAUCGAUGCCUAUCAUUGGUCCUAUUUUAUCAAAUCCUGUUAUUGCUCCAUUUAUAGAUAAGAUUGCCGGUAUCAGGGUGUUGCCGGUAUAA